GGUCAUGCCUCAGCGCUUCGGGACGCACCGCCGGCUGCGGCCGGCCGAGAGGUAAACCGCGCCGCGCUGAGCGCCGCCCUCAGAGGAGCUGCCGGGAGAGUGGACAGGGUCGGCACUCAUGUGAGAGGAUAUAUCACCAAACACAAAUUAGAAACGCUGAUCCAUCACCUUUCUAUGUGUCGAUGUUCUGCCUGCCAAUGUCCUGCUAGCUCUAGCUGUAAAGGGUAGCGUGAGCCGCGGCAAACCUGGGCAGCAGGCAGAAGAGAGCUGCCUAGGCUACAUGGAAGAAGUUGGUGUAGUGGAAAGGCAGAGAGACUGUUGGUUCCAGCAACAUGGAGCAUGAUGUCAGCUUGAAGUUCCGUCAGCAGCUUCUGCUCAUUGAUGAAAAUCUGGUGGCCGAAGAUUUAGCAGCUUUAAAAUUUCUCUGUACUGACUUGCUCCCCUUCAGAAAACUAGAAAGUGCAAAGUCAGCAGUGGACAUCUUUCAGCUUCUCAUAGCUGCAGAAUAUCUGAAUGAGGAAGAUACUUUCCUGGUAGCUGAACUCUUAUACAGAAUGAAAUGUCACUCCUUGCUCAAGAAACUUGGUUAUACCAAGGAGAAAGUGCAAGAAUGUCUGCCUAAGAAGGGAAGAGUGUCUCCAUAUAGGCAGAUGCUGUAUGAAUUGUCAGAGAACAUUACCAAUGAGAUGUUGAAGGAUAUCAUAUUCCUCCUGCAAAACCAUCUUCCAAAGCGACGGAUAAUAGUUUCUGCUCUGGAAUUGCUGAUUAUAUUGGAAAAAAAGGGCCUUUUAACUGAAAACAAUGUACAGAUGCUGGAGGAAGUCUGUAUGAAUGUUUCACCUGAUCUUCUAGAAACAGUAAACAGCUACAAAAGGGGAAAAGUAUGUCUGCCUCAGCAGGAGAAUACUCUGCCAGUCAAGGAAUCUUCAGUGUCUCACACCAGAGGCAUCAGAGUAUUCACUUCCCCUCAGGAGACCUCAAUCAAAUCUGUUGGUUCUAAUGUCAAGGAUAGCAAAGCAGUUAAUCUUACACAAGGCUUCGCUGAAAUGAACCUGGAGCUGCCUGGGAAAUUCAACGAUGUAGAAAAUGAAUCCAAGAAGAUGACAAGCUACAAAAUGGAUAGACCGCACAGAGGAUUUUGUCUUGUUAUUAAUAAUGUUAAAUUCGAUAGGUCUCUUCAGGAGAGGAAGGGUUCUUGCAAAGAUGCUGGCGAACUGGAGCGAGUAUUCACUUGGCUUGGUCUGGAUGUGAGGACGUACACAGAUCUGACGUCUCAGGAGAUUAAAAAUCUCAUGCAAACUUGGCAGCGUUUGCAAGAUCACAAAGACAGGGACUGUUUUAUAUGUUGUAUCCUAUCUCAUGGAGAGUCAGGAGCGAUCUAUGGGAAAGAUGAGGAACUUGUAUCAAUCCGCACAAUCAUGUCCCACUUCACUGCCAAACAAUGUCCACAGCUGGCUGAAAAACCCAAACUCUUCUUUAUCCAAGCAUGCCAGGGUAAAGAGAUACAGUGUCCUGUCUAUGUUGAAGCUGAUGCACGGAUUCCUGACUUGUCUUACAUGCAACGGAGUGUUUCUCCUUCUGAAAGUAUUCCUGAAGAGGCUGAUUUCCUCUUAGGCAUGGCCACAAUUGAUGGAUAUGUCUCUUUCCGGCACAUUCAACAGGGUGCUUGGUAUAUCCAGGCCCUGUGCAGCAAGCUACAGUUGUUGGUACCAAGGGGUGAAGAUAUUUUGUCAAUUCUUACAGAAGUUAAUGAAGAUGUGAGCAGACGUGUUGACCGCUUGGGGACAAAGAAGCAGAUGCCCCAACCAGCAUAUACUUUAAGAAGAAAAUUUAUAUUCCCAAUACCUAGAGACCCUCCUCCUUCACAGCAACACUGAGGCUUUUAAAAUACAUCUUUUUAUCAGUACAUCUCAUUUAAAUGCUGUUCACCACACUACCUGUUUUAAGGCAGUUAUCCAGAACCCUGAGGAACUGUUAGCUUCAAGGCAAGGCCUCAUAAAUUUUUUUGCCAAGCAAACUGUGAAACUGGAGAGGCACAAUUAAAACAAUCCAUGUGCAAGCUAUUUACAUCAUCUUUACAUUUACAUUAAACAUUUACAUCAGGGUUGUGAGAAGCAUGCUUCUAUCAUGUUAAACGUUUUUGAACCUGCACAGACUGCAGGUAUAAAAGCAUUUUCCUGACAGCAUAAGGGUUGCAUGUAGCCUUCCAUAUCUAAACCAGGAUUGUUAAUGGUCUGGUUUAGGCUUACUGUGUUUUAUUUUGCAGGCUAACAAUUCUAAGUCCUGCCUCUGAAUCCACAUAGAGAAAGACAAAGGUGGGAAUGAAGAGGAGAAAGCUUAAGUAGUAAGUGGAAAAGGAUUUCUUCCAUCUCUAAUUUAAAUUACAUUUAACCAGUUAACUACAGAAAUCAGUAAUUUGUUCCACAAUGUACACUGAUACCAACUAAUGGCUAACAUAAACCUCAUGUGCAAUGAGAUCUUUCCAAAACAGAGUAAAGCCAAAAUGCUGUAUAGUAUUCCCUCUGUGAAACCUUGUGAACUGUCAUUUCCCUAUCACUUCUGGGAAGAAAAGUUAGGGUAGAUGAUUUUCACACUAUGAAAUAUGGCAUUCAGUAGUAUAGGUAUAGGUUUAUCAGAUUGGUUAACUUUGUUAAGCAUUAAAUUUUCUGAUUAUCAUUUCUUGUUUUAAGGUCUAAAAUGCAGUUAUAUAGGAAACAAAGCUCCUUGUUAAUUAAGCUUCUAACAGCAUUUUGUGAGUUAACUGAAAUGAUGUCGUGUUGUUUUGUUAUGAGCAUUUACUAUGUAUGUCUUUGUCCUUCCUGUUUGUUACUGCAUUAAAUUCGUACUUCUUUUUAAGAGCUUGGUGAGAUAAAAUUAUGUACUGGGGUAAGGCUUAUCCUUUCUGACUGGUCCCUGCACUUUGCUGCCUCAGGGUUUAAGCUGAAGUGAAACUUAGUUUAUUUCAGCAGAACACUGAUUGUUAUAUAUGAUUACUAGCCAUAAGUUAGGGUAAAGAUUUGAAAGAGUCUGUCUAGCGCUGUUGGAUGCAAUUUUUAGUUUGCACUAUCUAGGAUUUUUAGGAAGGGAGUUUUGCAUCAUACAGAGCAUUGAAAUGCAGCCUGUUUGCCAAAACAUAAUGGUCACUUUUUAUCAUGAUGAAUUGAGAGUUGUGUGACCCAUCACAUUUUUAGUCUUCUAAGUUAGUACAGCUGCCACACUUGAAGUCAUAUCUGUGCCAGAGAUAGAAAAUCUUUUAUCUGUUAGUAACAUACUGUAAUAGAAUCAUGAAGUUUCAGGCUCGCAGUUACUGUUCAGGCUUGGUGUACUCUUGGGUUUUAUGUUUAGGUAACAAUUGCAUUUUCAUCAGUAUGGAGUAAACACUGACAACAAUUUC